AUGAGAACUUGCUUGUGGGUUAUUGCUCUUCUUUUUGUUUUUGGGUUUGCUUGGGAAAUUGGUGCUGAUCAGAACGUGCCUACAGAGAGGAUUUCAGGAAGCGCUGGUGAUGUCUUGGAGGAUGAUCCAACUGGAAGGUUGAAAGUUUAUGUUUAUGAGCUGCCUAACAAAUACAACAAGAAAAUCCUUCAGAAAGACCCAAGAUGUCUCAACCAUAUGUUUGCUGCUGAGAUCUUCAUGCAUAGGUUCCUCUUAUCCAGCCCGGUUAGAACCUUCAAUCCUGAGGAAGCAGAUUGGUUUUAUACCCCUAUCUACACCACCUGUGACCUUACCCCCACUGGCUUGCCGUUGCCCUUCAAAUCUCCGCGGAUGAUGAGAAGUGCAAUACAGCUCAUAUCUACAAACUGGCCUUAUUGGAAUCGAACAGAAGGAGCUGAUCACUUCUUUGUUGUGCCUCAUGACUUUGGAGCCUGCUUUCAUUACCAGGAAGAGAAAGCUAUUGAACGGGGGAUUCUUCCACUGCUCCAGCGUGCCACCUUGGUUCAGACCUUUGGGCAAAGAAACCAUGUAUGCUUGAAGGAGGGUUCAAUCACAAUUCCUCCAUAUGCUCCACCACAAAAGAUGCAGGCCCACCUGAUUCCCCAAGAGACUCCACGGUCCAUCUUCGUAUACUUCCGUGGUCUAUUUUAUGACAUUAAUAAUGACCCUGAAGGUGGUUACUAUGCGAGAGGUGCGAGGGCAGCUGUUUGGGAGAAUUUCAAGAACAAUCCUCUGUUUGAUAUCUCCACUGACCAUCCAACUACAUAUUAUGAAGACAUGCAACGAUCGAUAUUCUGUUUGUGCCCUCUGGGUUGGGCCCCAUGGAGUCCGAGGCUAGUUGAAGCAGUGGUGUUUGGUUGCAUCCCUGUUAUUAUAGCUGAUGAUAUUGUCUUACCCUUCGCUGAUGCUAUCCCAUGGGAAGAAAUUGGAGUUUUUCUAGCUGAGGAGGAUGUCCCUAACCUGGACACAAUUCUCACUUCUAUUCCACCAGAAGUAAUCCUCAGGAAACAAAGAUUACUUGCAAAUCCUUCGAUGAAAUGGGCGAUGAUGUUCCCGCAACCUGCACAACCAGGGGAUGCUUUCCAUCAGAUACUAAACGGGCUGGCUCGCAAAUUGCCCCAUGCUCAAAGUGUUUACUUGAAGGGUGGUCAAAAGAUUUUAAAUUGGACAGAAGGUCCAGUGGGAGACUUGAAACCAUGGUAA